AUGAUAGAGAUGAAGGACUUGGUUACAGGUGACACAUGGCUUUGGGAGAGGGGCAUAUUUAUGGAUCGACGCUAUCUAAUGCAGGAAAUGUACCAGUCUUAUGUACAGGCCGGCGGCAUCAUCAGACCAAGCAAAUCCGACCCUUUCUUUGAAACAGACGAAACCCUAUUAGUGGGAACUGCUCCCGCCUUCCUACAGGCCCUCGCCUAUCGCAUGGACAUUGAGACAAGCCUUCAGGUGACUAGUAUCUCCGGCGAUGUGGUGGGAAUACUCAAUCUGCGUCUGCAACCUUGUAAUCGGUCAGGUCGUUUGCUUUGUGACAAAUUUGGUGAAGACAUUUUCGUCGAGCAACCAAUGGACUUGCUUAACAAGCCAUACCACUUUAAGAUGGAAUUGAAAACUUUGACGCUCUUCAAUCCGGCCCACCAGCGAGGAGUGAAGGUAAACUAUCGUGUCUUUAAGGAUGUCAAGGAGACUUGCCUUUGUCUUGAUGAUCUAACGCCGCCAGCAAAUGAGGCCUCAUGUGACACAUUUAUGCUAUUACACACUCGCAUCGUCAGCUUUCCGCGUACCCAGCAGAUGCAAUAA